GCUUCGGCCCAGGAUACCACCAUGGAUCAGGAAGAGGGUCUGAAGGCCUUGGACAAUAUUGUCACUCAGUUCAACACCUAUGAAGAUUUCCUGGACUCGCAGAUCACUACUGUGGACUUGUACUACCUGGAGGAUGAAACCCUGGCCCGCCAGUUGGUGGAGCUAGGCUACCGAGGGACUGGAGAGAGAGUGAAAAGGGAAGAUUUUGAAGCAAGGAAAGCAGCUAUAGAGAUUUCAAGGCUGGCUGAAAGAGCUCAGCAAAAGACACUAACAAGUGCUGGUAAAGACCUACAAGAUAAUUUUCUGAUGGCCCUGGCAAUGAGAGAAGAAGACAAUCGCAAUGGAAAACUGAGUUCCGUGAUCUUUAUUCGUGACAGAAAUUCUUAUGGUCAAGAGAUAUCAGGAUACAUCGACUAUGCCCACAGGCUAAAGACAGAAGAUUUUGAAGUCUACUUUAGUGGGAAAAAAAGACUUCUUCCAAGGACUACAGAUAUAAGCUUUUACAACUGGGACGCUGAUAUUGCUGUUUGUAAUUCAAGUCCCAACUAUCAAGUGAUUGCCGAUAAUCCAGAAGGCUUACUUUUCAGAUACAAAAGAGACAGAAAAAUUCUCAAUGUGGACCCAAAGAUUCAUGACAUCAGGAGGUGAGAGUCUACAGGAAUAACAGACCAGACACAAGUUUUGUUUCUACUGUCUUUCUCCUCUUCUGUGUGAAGCCCUGACUUCUACAAAAGCCUAAAAUUUCCACACUGCAAACUCACCAAUAUUGAUGCUGGGCCUCUCUCAAAUAGAGACAAGACUAUUUUAAUUUUCCAAAGAAGUGAUUUAGGAAGAUGUAACUUCUGUGGGAGUUUGGAACUGGACAAUGUUUCUUCUUGAAAUGUUUGGCUUAUUUUUAUAAACAAAUUAAAAGUGAAAGAAUUUCUCUACCCCCAACCUUCCCAUUGCUUUGAUUAUGUGUUUGGUUGCUAAAUAGCAACCCCAGUCUACAGUAUUUCACUUAAAGAAAAACUUCAGCGACUUAUCCCAGCUGAACAAUCAAAAUAUACCACACUGUUCCAUCAAGCCUAGAUUAAAGAUAAUUAUGAAUAAUACAAAGACUAUUUUACACUUCCUCCUCUACCACAAAGUUAAGCAUUCAAUCAGCUCAUAAAUUACCAGAUCAAAUAUUACAACCAAGUCAAAAAAAGAUUAAAUCAUUAAGUUGUAGAUGAAUGACUAGCUAAAUGCCAAUACCCUUUGAAAAAAAUUUUAAAACGUCUUUCAUUCUA